UUUAUUUGUUUUAGUACUACUGUUUUAAAUCUCAGUAAUAAAAUAAUGUGAUAAUACUCUAAAUAUAUUGAGUGGAGGAUUGAAAUGGGGAUUUUGCAUGUUUAUUUGAAAUAAAAGGAGCUUUGUUGUGACAUGGAUUAGACAUUUUUGAAUAAGCAUGUAAACGCUCAGCUUGCAGAUCAAAUGAUAGUCAACUUACUUUUUCUUGAAACUGCCAGCAUUCCGAGUGCGGCUGACAUCAUCGUCUGAAGCUAGUACGUUCAACAUAUUUUUAUGAAAUAUGGAAAAAGACGGAUCAGGAGCAGAGGCAAGCAAGGACGGGAAAAAGAAAAAAAAGUCAUGGUUUAAAAAAAAGUUUUGGAAAAGCGAUAGUCCAGCUGAGAAGAGUAAAGGUACAGCUGAGAAGAGUAAAGGAAGUUCUAUCUUUAAUGUUGAAAAGGAGACUACAUUUUCAAUUGACGAAAAGCAAUCUUUUGUUGACAAAAUAGCGACGACAGAUUUGAUCGCAUCUGCUGAAGAAAAUGUUACAACAGAAGUACUCUUAACCAUACCAAAACACUUCAAACAAUCACAAGACAAAAGUCAACCUUCCAAAACAGAAUGCGAAUAUAGUGCACAACUAAACGAUGAUAAAACGGAAAUGUCUGAAAGUGGUGAUUUCGAGCCCGGAAAAGCAGCACGUAAUCGAAUUUCAACAAAGAUUACCGGCAAACAACAAACGUGUCGACAAGCUGCAAAAUCGGAUCGAUUUAGUCGUGAAUCGAUUACUCGACAUUCCCUCCAAUUAAAACAGCUACAGUCUACUGGUGGAGGACUUGUGGAGGAGAGGAAACGUCUGCUUGCCUUAAAGAAAAGACGAACCUCGCCUGCUACCCGUGCCAAACGCAACCACCGACAAAAGAAAAACAAUCAAAAAGAAGAUAUAGAGGAUUCAUCUGAAGAGUAUGUGACCACCGACGACAAAACAGGUUCUGAAGAUUACUCAAGAGGUGUAAACGAGUCAGAUAAACGUAUGGACACCUCUGGUAAAAGGAUGCCCCCAGAAGGCGCAUGUGUCAAACCAGACACUACACAAGCAACGAUCAAACAUAAUAAAACAUUUUCGGAAGAAGGUUUUGUAAAGAAAGACAACGAAGCAAAUGAGAGUCAUUGCUCUGCUGUAACAAUUCUAAACCACGUACCUGAGGCUAAGGAGGAAUUAACAGAUGAAAGAAAGCGUGGAAUGUUUGUUGAGGACAAAAAACGUCUACUAUCUACUUUUAAAAGAAAUCCAUCAAGAGGUACUCUUGUCAAACUUGGCUCCGAACAACAAGUUCAAGUAACCAAUGCUCUAAAGCGCAUUAACUUUGAAGAUAUCAAACUACCAAGGAAUGAUAAAACAAGAAGUGCAGAUAAUCUUCAGGAAGAAAGAUUAAUAGAUAGAGCGUCUGUUGAGGAUACAAAGUCACUAAGAGAAAGUCUGAAGCAAGACUCCACACAAAUACAAAUGCCAAAUGCUCAAAAUCACUCUGGUGUACCAAGCAAUUACGAAACAAGAUGUGCAGAUAGUCAUGAAGAGGAAAGAAAAUAUAACUGGAUGACUUGUAUUGGUAAUGACGAUGUCGAACAAGCUCAAAGACUUCUACAGGAUGGAGUUCUUCCAAAUGCCGAGGAGCUAGAUAAAAUGUGUCACAAAAAUGUAUUUCGGCGAAACGCGAAUGUCCUAAUUGAAGCGUGUAAUCACAUUUGCGAGAACAUACAAUGCAAAUUCGAUAAAUCGGCAGAAGAUGUUUGGCCAGGAUUUCCCGCAACCGAAAUAAGAAACGAUGAAUCAAGACAUUGCACUUUUAUUAUCGUUUCAAACGAAGAUAUUGACCUCAGUGAAAUAAUGUACAGGUGUGUUAAAAUACCAUCCAAGCGUAAAGUCAGAUCCAGCAAAAAAGAACCGUACCAUGUUCCACAUUCCCCUUGUCAGCUUCAUGAAUUAAAGAAAGUGGAAAACAUUAUAUAUGAACACGAGCAAACUUUGAUGGAAAAACAUAAAUUUCUGACGAUGAUUUCCGCUAGCCAAUACAGAUGUUCUGGCCAGACACCUAAUGUGAAAAGAACAGACGGGCUCUGUAUCGUUUUGUGGGUGCAGUACAAAGGUUAUGUUCCAAUUAACGAAGAACCAUUUCAAGAAAAGUACGGAGGAGUUGCAGUUGACGUAAGGGAAGGUUCUUUUAAUCUUUUCUCAGGAGGAGCAGAAACAUAUCAGGAUUUUUUGAAAAUGGGCUGUAAAAUAAGCGGGGAAUCGGAAGGAAAUAAAACGCCUAAGGGAACCCUUGGAGGAUUUAUUCAGCACCCUAAAUACGGCUACUGUGGCAUUACAAGCGCUCACUGUGUUUUACAGCCUGCCGAAAUGAAAAGAUUAUCUUGCGAAAAUGGAGAGCUAAAUGCUGAAUAUCCAUCCUUUCAUGGCAGUGUAUAUCAACCAGAUCAAAAUGGGGGAAAGGUUGGAAAUCUGGUUAAAGCUGUUUGCCACAAAGGGAACGAGAAAACGAAUAAUGUUGGUUUGGACUUAGCUGUCUUUCGAUUAUGUGACAGAUUCCCAAAUUCUGCAAAGUUUCCAGUUGAUAAAAACGGUAAUACAUUGACUUACAUAUCUGGAAAAACGGCCGGAUUUCCACGACCAAUGGCAAACGAGGAAGAACUCAUGAAGUUUGGUAUGGCCACAGGGUUAACUCGCGGGAAACUGGAAUCAGAGAUAGCACUGCUGUCAGUAAGACAAAAAUUGAGAUGGACACAUGGCAGUGGUCAGUCAGAGUACAGAAUACACCUUAACCGUCAGCUUGAGUUUAACGGUAUAAAUGAACUACAGUUUGCUGAUUACGGUGAUUCUGGAUCUCUGGUUUUCAGCGAUGGACAUAACGGACAAGGUGUAUUAUGUGUUGGAAUGGUUGUUGGUGGGAAGAAUGAUGAAACGGAAAAUAAAGUAUCGUGUGUUGUUACUCCGAUCGCUGCAAUUUUGAAGGUACUUGACGUCACCGGGUUUAGAAAUUUUGAGAGUGGUAAGUUGCAGGCCGAUAUCGAAGAGAUAAGGGCAGACGUCAAAGAGACAAAGACAGAAGUCAAAGAGACAAAGGCAGUAGUCGAAGAAAUUCUAAGAGAGUUACAAGGUGCUAAUAACAAAUUAUAUGAUAACGAUAGUUAAAUAAGCUUUUACUUACACGGAAACGUGCGUUUAAGUUAACAAGGCGUAACAAAUCCUUAUCAACUUAGUAAGUUAAAAUUAGAACAUUAUUUAAUGUAAGCCUUAUUUUGUGUGUGUGUGUUUUUAUACAGUACUGGAUACCAUUAUUUUGGUAAGCCAUUUAAAAUUGUUUUUUUUAGCUAAAUUUUUCUUCUUAUUCAGGCUUCGAUUUUUUAUAUUUAAUAAAUAAGUUUGUAAUGUUUCAUGCUUUGGUUCGAUAGAGUCAAAUUCCAUUCUGAUCUAACGAUUACAUUUUCAAUAAUCUCACUUUUUGGAUAAUAUAUGUUGUGUCUUUUGACAUUAAUUGAUAUUUGAAAAUAUUUAGUUUUAAUUAUCCGCAACUGUUUCUAGGGUCAGGCUUAAUAUUGUUUUGCAAUCUUUUUAUUAAUAAUUAGGACAUAAAUCUAUUUAACCAAUGCGUAAAAUUAAGAUGACCCAUUUUCGUUCUCAUAAGACAUUCUGCAAAUUUGACAUAUACUUCUGAUUUCAUUUUUUAAUUGAAUAAAUGCAAUUUCAAAAAUAAUACAGUUUUUACUAUGUCCAGUUGCUGUAACAAUAGUAUUUUAAAUCAACCAAUCAAACAUCAUUUGCGUUCAGCAUUUACCUUUAUUUAAGAACACGAUUCAAAGACCAGUAGACCGUUAUGCAUAGAAUCAGAGUCAUGUGGGGUUAAAUGAUUUCGGUCCAGUAAUGAAAAUUGGUCAGAAAAUUUGUUAAUAUGAAAUCACUAGGUCAGACAUGUUUACACUAUUAUGGUGUGUUUCUCAGUUGAGCGACCUAGGACCAUAUUGUCCCCUCUGUUCAAUAGAUAUCGCAAAUACAGACAAUGACGAAUAUGUUUUUUGUUGCAAACCUGGGUUUUGGCAAAGAAGCAUUUUGCUUUUGUGUAUAUCUUUAUGCCUUUACUGUUCUACAUUGAUAUAAGGACGGUGAUUCUUACAGAAUUUCAUUACGCAACUAACUAUAUGUUUUAAGUUAUUCGGGCUCGUAUUGAUGAAGUUAAAGGCAAAAAUAUAUCGCAUAGAUUUUCCAGCAUUGAACAAAAUUGCUGUAUAUAAAACGCUUGGUUCUUAAUGCAUACCAAUCAUUUUAACACAAUAACAUUAUCAGAAAUAUAUUUCUUAACAUUUUUGUAAAGUUUGGGGACAUGACAUAAUGUAGUUUUACAUUAAUCUUUGGGAAAUGCCCCUUUUUACAUUUUUUUCUACUCAAUUUUUAGUGGGAUUAGAUAUGACCAAUUAAUUUAUCUUUCUAUACUUCAUGAUACUUUCUAGACCGAAACUUAAGAAUUUCUUGUUCUCCUGUAGUCCUUCAAGCCUGGCCCCAGAUGUGAACACUUAAUUUUUGCAGCCAUAUUGGAUAUUUUGGGAGAAUAAGUGUGACAAGUUUUUGACAACUGACUUUAGUAGUUUUAAUUUAUAAUUUGUAAUUUGAAAUAUACUGUUAAGAUGUAGUUUCUUCUGGUUUAGCUUAUGUUUAUGUAUUUGGUUUUUGAUAAGUAUUUUUUUUUCUGCAUAUAAAUAGAAAAGUUUUGCCUAUUUGUGAAACUGUUUUAACCAAUCCGAUUGCAGCUUUUUGGUUCUUCUCUUAGACUAUAAAUAUGGGUAUAAUAGUAAUUCUUGGCACUUUAAGUUUACAGUUUUGGACUAAAUUUUAAACUUCUUUUUUGAUAGGAAAUUAUAUGAAAAUUUAGAGCCACUUUAAGGAACUGUGAGCACUAUUUGUUAUUGGAGAGUAAAUUAGACUUUUGGAAUAUACUAAAAUGUAUUCGGAAUACAUGUAGAAUUUUCUGUUUAUGUUGAUAUAUAUUCUUAAUAGAAGAAAUUGUCAAGAUCGGUGUAUAUAAUAAUUUUAUUAAUUAUACAGCUUUAUUGACAGACAUAAUUCAGACCAUUGUUGUUGCGAAUAUGUGUUUAUGAGUGACAUCAGAUUUGAAAGAUUUAUAAAAACUUCACUUAAUUUUGUGCCUUCUUUUAAUUUUGCGUAUGUGCUGAUUUUAAUAUUUAUAUUUAAAGUGGUGUGAUAACAAUUCUUAGAUAAUUAUUGCAGCACUAACCAUUAUAAUCAGUCUCAACGUAAAGUGACGUACUUGACAGGUUUUAUUGUUAAUAUCGUUUUACAUAAAACAAAUAUACGACAAAAAAAUCUAUAUUUACAAGUUUGUAUUAAAUUAUAUUGACGUCACAUCGGAGGCAAACGAUAUAUAAACGCAAAACACACAAAACUGACGUCGAACUUCACCCAAAAUUUUGAGUAAAGACGCCUAUAUUAAAGAAACUGUCGGAUAGCUUUUAGAAUAAAUUUGAACAAGCGUGCAAAAUCUCAAUCGCUAUCGAUUCCGUUAAAGAACAAUGGGGGUCACCGUUUUAUGUUUCGCUCUAUUUACUGUGGCGCUUCCCCUACACCCAGUAAAAAUAAGACGUUUUUAUACUUAUUUCGUUAAGUUCCAUUGAUUUAAAUUCCAUUUUUGCUUCUGUUGGUGGAUAUAAUGCUAUUAAAUUCCAGUAAUGAUAAAACGAAGAUAUGAUUUAAUGAAAUUAUUGAAAUAAACGAAUGAUUUUAGGAAAUUGCUCUCCUUUACAAGACACAGAAAUGCAAACAGUCCUUCUUAUUGAAACAGGAAAUAUGUAUCGGUAAAGUGCAUUUUAGCCGAAAGUUGUAUUCACCGAGCAUACGCUGAUUUUUUAUUUGUAGUUACAGCUUCAAUUCUUAAACGAACUUUGUUUAAAUUUGAUAACAUUAACAAUAUUUGUCGAAAUUCUAAAACAUUAGCAGAAUGUCUCAAAGUGAAUAAAAUGUUACAAACAAGCAUAUCAAAUGUUAAAGUUCUAAACAAAAUGUUUGUAUUCAAUCUUAAAGAGAUUCUAUUACCAGAAAUUUUGGUGUUCAUCUGUCGAACGCAUGAUAGGGACAAAAGGAACCGUUCUAGAAAAUAAUACUGCACGUGACUUGUGUGCAAAAACCGAUAGCUGGAGAGGAAACAGGUAAAUGUUCGAACUUUCUCGACGGAAGUGCAGUUGGCCAUUUCGUGUGACGUAGAUAAGAUAAAAUGGUUUAUAUGAAAACGCAGAAGACAGGGUGUUGUUAAUAGAUAUGCAUUUAUUUCGAUAAAUGAGUGCACUUUUUACACAGGUCCUGUUAAAACAAUAUAUUAUCGUGGCUAAUAAUGCAGUUUGGAAAAUUUAUAUAAAGACUGAUUCUUUGAUCUUACACAUUCUUUUUAUAUUUUAUUUGCUUUUGUCAUUCAUGCUACUACAGGGAGUUUUCAAUAUUUGCCACUUAAACAUGUCUCAACAUAAAAGUUAAGAACGUCUUCUAAAUUAACUACCUCGAUGAAAGUUUGCGUCUGAUAUCAAGAGACGUAGGUUCAAACCAUACAAAUACCACAGUUUUGGGUUUUUAUGUCUCAGUUAAAGGUAUUGAAAGCAUGCGCACAGCAGAUAGUUUAAUUAAGCAAAUAUGGUCAGAAAAUAAAAUGGAGACUUUGUAAAACAUGAAUGUAGUAUAAAAUUAAAUUAUAAAAUAUUUUAAUAUAUAAAGCUGUGUUCACGUUUUGUGCAUUUUAUUCAAUUUACUGCAUAAUUUCCAGUAGACGUUUAUGAUAUCAAGUGACGUAGGUUCAAACCAUACAAAUACCACAGUUUUGGGUUUUUAUGUCUCAGUUAAAGGUAUUGAAAGCAUGCGCACAGCAGAUAGUUUAAUUAAGCAAAUAUGGUCAGAAAAUAAAAUGGAGACUUUGUAAAAUUUAAACAUGAAUGUAGUAUAAAAUUAAAUUAUAAAAUAUUUAAUAUAAAGCUGUGUUCACGUUUUGUGCAUUUUAUUCAAUUUACUGCAUAAUUUCCAGUA